AUGCUGACCCUCUUAUGUCCCCUACCAGCACCCCUCUGCCUGCUGAGCCUGCUGCUGCCGCCUCUCCAUCCUGCGGCCCCUGUCACCCCCUCAGAGCCCAUUAGUCAAGCCUAUAGCCUGGCUCUCUACAUGCAGAAGAACACAUCAACACUGCUGCAGACCUAUCUCCAUUACCAGGGCAGCCCUUUCAGUGAUCCUGGCUUUUCAGCCCCCGAGCUCCAGCUUAGCAGCCUGCCUCCUGCUGCAGUCUCCUUCAAGGCCUGGCACGCGAUGGAUGACGCAGAGCGGCUGAGCCGAGCCCAAGGAGCCUUCGUGGCCUUGACCCAGCACCUCCAGCUGGUGGGGGAUGACCAGAGUGACCUGAAUCCUGGCAGUCCCAUCCUGCUGGCCCAGCUAGGAGCGGCAAGACUCAGGGCCCAAGGCCUUUUGGGCAACAUGGCUGCUGUUAUGACUGCUUUGGGGCUGUCCAUCCCCCCAGAAGAGGAUACUCUGGGCCUUGUCUCUUUUGGGGCCUCAGCCUUUGAGAGGAAAUGCCGAGGCUACAUAGUGACCCGGGAAUAUGGUCACUGGACAGACCGGGCUGUGAGGGACCUGGCUCUACUCAAGGCCAAGUACCCAUCGUAGAAGGUCGGCUUUCUGUCAGAAAUCCCAAGAGUUUCUCUUUCAGAGGACUCAAUCCUGCCUUCCUUCGGAGACUCAGAACACAUGACACCUCA